AUGGGGGUCGUACUCAUCAUCCCCACUUGGAGCUACGUAGUCUGAAAGCCGGCCUUGCAACCGCUCGUAUGAUGCAAAGCACUGCCAAUGCCACUCGACUCAAACCGUUGAUUCAAAGUUAUUUGCAAUCGCCUGACCCAAUUGCUGCCGGUGAGAAAACUGUCAUUUUGCUGACGAGCAAAGUGGCACAGAAAUCCUAUGGAACUGAGAAAAGGGUCGAUACCUUAGGUUUCUAUGUCCCCCACCCACGGCUAUUAUUAUGGGCACGUCGUGGUGGAAACCACCGUUCGACGAAAGCGGCGAGUAUAGCCCACCUUUGCUGACCGUGUGUAUUUCGGGUGAAGCCACGAGCCAGCCGGGCCAGGUGGAAUGGUACAACUCGGCCGGUGCAGCCGUUGGUCAAACGGGCCAUCCAAGAUCACCCCCUCUGUCAUCAUCAUCCUCCUCUACUGCCUCACCCCGUUUCCGUAGCACUAGCAAUACUACGAAUGGUGUGGCCACUACCGUUGGCAGCAGCAGCAGCAGCGGAAGUGGAGAUCCACUUGGCCUGCAAAAACAACAAAGAGCUGAUGUGGACUGGUACCACAACCACGAACAAGAUCCCUUGACGGCCGGUCGAUGUGUUGCCAAGAACCUGUACAUCAAUGACGCCGACGAAAAACGCAAACGCGUUGAAUGUCUUGUGCGGAUCCAACUCGGCGACGGGUCGCUCCUUGGCACGUUAGCAAGCAAGGGCAUCAAAGUGAUUAGCAAGCCGAGCAAGAAACGACAGAGUGUGAAAAACAUGGAGCUCUGCAUUCAUCAUGGUACAACGGUUUCCUUGUUUAAUCGUAUUCGGUCACAAACAGUGAGCACAAAGUAUUUGGGUGUCUCAUGCGGAUCCGCAUUUGCUGCACCGGGCUAUCAUGAGAACAUCAACAACAACAGCAACAGCAACAGCAGCAGGAAUGGCUGUGGCAAUAAAUCAUCGACCCAGGGUGGUAACGAUGCAAGUAAUAGCGGAACUUGUUUUGUGGCAAGAACAACAAGCUGGGAUCCGUUUGUGAUCUGGAUCGUGGACACGACGCGUGCACCGGGCGAUAUGGCACAACAGCCAGAGAGCGAGUCUCCAGAAGACUAUAUCGGCCACAAUGUGCAUGUGAACAACAAUCGCAAUGUCAGCUACCCUCCACCGCCGGCCAUUGCUCUUCGGAACACGACCGACCAGCCGAUCGCCAUCCAUUACAACCAGCAUAUCGUCCUCCAAUGUCUGACCACCGGACUCGUGAGUCCCGUCAUGAUUAUCCGCAAAGUCGACAAGGCAUCCACUGUGGUGGGCGGUGCACGCGCUCCUAUGGACCAAGCCGGUGGCGGUGAAUUUGGCGACGAAAUGCUUGGAGAUCCUGUUUCACAACUCCACAAGGUUGCAUUGCAAAUCGUGCAAGAUCCAUCUCAGGCUGUACACCAUCAUCAACAACAACAACAACAACAACAACAACAGAAUAAUGGUGGUGGUGGUAGUGGUAGCAUGGAUCCUUUACUUUCAACUUUAUCGUCACCGUCGUCGUCGUCUUUGCCGUCGUUGUCGAUGUCAGAUGGAUGGAUGUUGCCAAAGAGUCAGCACCCCAUCACCUACCUGGCUUGUUUGAACGACAUGGUUGGCAUGCACAAGACGGUGGAACGACGCAAGCCCGUGUUGGGAUGGGAAGACAUUACGUCGCAAGAAGCGAGUGGUAAGGUUGUGCGCAAACGACGUGUGUCGACGGACCAGAUUGGUGACAUGGAAAGCAUGUUUCGACGACGCACGAAUACGUUGGAUAGCACGAGCGGUCUGUUCAGUCAUACAAACAGCAGUAAUAAUGACGUGUAUGAAUACGAUCAUCUCUUCAACCGAGCACGGUCCCAUUCCAUUUCGUCUGGUAGUGGUGCUAGUAUUAUGCAUCAUCGACCUACGAGUGCUAGUCGUCGUAUGUCGGUUGCAAGCACGAGCAGCACAGGCAGUGGUGGUAAUGGUGGUGGUGGUGUUAAUGGUGCCAGUCAUCAUCAUGGUUUGGGUGCAUAUUGGUCAGAAGAUGUAACGGAUGCAGCAGUGUGGACGAUCGUUGGAACAGACUGUGCCACAUUCAAGUUCUGGGCACCGCAACCUACUGAAGCAACCACCAUGACGCCGUUCCCUUCACUCUCGCACUUGUCAAUGAGCACCGCAAACAACAAUGAAGCGACGACGACGACGGCGACGACGACACCACUAAUGACACUCCACGGUGAGAAUUUCACGCGCGAUCUCCAGGUUUGGUUUGCAGAUGUCAAAGCCUCGCAUACCGAGUACAGGGGACGCGAGGUGGUCCUGUGCCAUGUCCCGCCGCGGCAUGAAUUGAUCGAGUCGGUCCACGUCGAACGUGAGCUCGAUGGAAGUCUGAAGCUGCCCAUCUUGCUGGUCAGAGGGGAAGGUGUUAUCGUGUACAAGACAAACCAUUACCAUCGUUUCUAAAGACUUUAUGCUAUCUUCUUUUCUUAAUCGCGCACAACAAAACAACGUCCCUUUGUCUUUUUUUUCUUUUUUCUUCCUUCCCGCUAUGUAUACACACAACACAGACAACCCGCCAACUCC